CCUGUCCGGCGGGAACCGGGCGGUCCGUGGGUGGCCGGUCCGUGGGUGGCCGGUCUGUUCGGCGGCCCCGCAGGCAGCGCUGAGGCGGAGUGGCGCCCGGCGAGGAGCCACGCCGCCCGCCCAUGAACGCGGAGAACUUCGGCUCCAGCGAGCGGCUGGUGACGGCGGCCUAUGUGCGCCAGGGGGCGCAGGGCCGCCGCGCCCACGAGCUGCGCCUGCGGGCGCUGCUGGAGCAGGGAAAAUGUCCUGAAGAUGGAUGGGAUGAAAGCACCGUUGAACUAUUUCUUCAUGAACUUGCUAUAAUGGAUAGCAAUAACUUUCUGGGCAACUGUGGUGUGGGUGAAAGGGAAGGAAGAGUGGCAUCAGGACUUGUUGCCCGAAGACAUUACAGGUUGAUCCACGGAAUUGGAAGGUCAGGUGAUAUUUCUGCAGUCCAGCCUAAAGCUGCAGGGUCUAGCCUUUUGAACAAACUUACUAAUUCAAUAGUUUUGGAUAUUAUAAAGCUGGCUGGUGUCCGGACAGUGACCAAUUGCUUUGUAGUUCCUAUGGCAACUGGCAUGAGUCUAACUCUGUGUUUUUUAACAUUGCGGCACAAGAGACCAAAAGCAAAAUACAUUAUUUGGCCACGUAUAGACCAGAAAUCUUGCUUUAAAUCAAUGAUAACUGCAGGUUUUGAGCCUGUGGUGAUAGAAAAUGUAUUAGAAGGUGAUGAGCUACGGACAGACAUUGAAGCAGUGGAAGCUAAAAUCAAGUCUCUUGGUGCUGAAAAUAUUCUUUGCGUGCAUUCUACAACGUCUUGCUUUGCUCCAAGGGUGCCUGAUAGGCUGGAGGAACUGUCUGUGAUUUGUGCGAAUUAUGACAUUCCCCAUAUUGUCAAUAAUGCAUAUGGAGUUCAGUCUUCAAAAUGUAUGCAUCUUAUCCAACAGGGUGCUCGACUAGGCAGAAUAGAUGCUUUUGUUCAGAGCUUGGACAAAAAUUUUAUGGUUCCAGUAGGUGGUGCUAUCAUUGCUGGCUUCAAUGAGUCCUUCAUUCAGGAGAUCAGCAAAAUGUAUCCAGGAAGAGCAUCUGCGUCUCCUUCCUUAGAUGUCCUCAUUACGCUUCUGUCUCUAGGUGCAAGUGGUUACAAACAGUUACUGAAAGAGAGAAAGGAAAUGUUUUCAUAUCUUUCAAGUGAGCUGAAGAAGCUGGCAGAUAACCACAAUGAGAGACUGUUAGACACACCACAUAAUCCCAUUUCCUUAGCCAUGUCACUGAAGAAUCUAGAUGAAAAUAAUGCUGCUGCUGUUACCCAGCUUGGAUCUAUGCUUUUCACCAGACAAGUUUCUGGAGCAAGGGUUGUUCCUUGUGGGUCCAUACAAACAGUGAAUAACUACACUUUUAAAGGCUUUAUGUCACAUGCAAAUAGCUAUCCCUGUGCUUACCUCAAUGCUGCCUCCGCAAUUGGAAUUAAAAAGCAAGAUGUAGAUGUAUUCCUAAAAAGACUCGACAAGUGUUUGAAAGCUUCUAGAAAAGAAUCAAAGAAAGAAAAAAAUGUGAAUGAAAUAAGUAAUUCUAAUACAGGCACAGAACAACUUGAAGACUAGAAGAUAAGAUCUAGUAACACAGGAAGAUAUGUUUUUGUUUGAAGUAUGUCAGGUUUGUAUUGGGUUAGCAUUGUGAAUCUGCAGUGCAGAAAACUUAUUCCUGAUCUGAAAACAACAAAAAAAAUAGUUGGGUGAAAUUCAACUUUAAAGAAAGUAGGCAAUACUCUUUCCAAGACAAAGGGCCGGGCACAAGUAUUUUGCAGCACAUAAAUGUGAUUAAUAUCUGCCAAAGUAAAGCUUUACAUUCAUAGAGACCUUGAGCUGGCCUUUCAGUCUGUGGCUGACUAUUUGAACCAAUGUUCAGCAAAUCACAGAAUGCUUAUUCACUUGUUAUUGAUUAACAAGAUUUUCUAUGGCAGUGAUUGAAUUCCUUCCUAGACUGUCCAGCAAGAAAUGUUUCACUGUUCUCAAAAUAUCUCUUGCUUCUCAUCAGCAUACUUGCCACUUUUCAUUUCUUUUCAAAGAUUUAUGUAAGUGUUGGUGUAGCCCUUACUAAAUACAGUGUUAAAACUAUGUGAGAAAAUUAUAGAGUUGGGACAGUAAGUAGUGUUUUUCAGGUGUUCUUGCCUCUAAUGAACUGCCUAGAACAGUGCAGCCCUCAGUGGCAAAGAAAAACCUAGAAUACCUCAUAUCCUGUCAGUGCUCUGCUCUUGGAAACAUUUGCAUAGUAAUAAUGAAAGCAAACAUUUGUGGAGUGGAGAGGUACAGUUGUCUUUUUUUUUUUUUCUACUUUUUUUCUCUUCUUUUUUCCAUUUCAUCUUUUCUUUGAUAGGGUGAUCAGGUGAGAGACUCAGUGAAAAGGAGGAAUGCCUUGUGGGAUUAAUGCAUGAGUUUCAAGAGCCAGUGAGACCUGAGGGUAUUUUGGCAUUUUUAGUCUGUUGUUGUUAAAAUUUAUAGGCUUCCAUUUCUGAGGUGUCUCUUGCCAUUGGCAGUGUUGCUUCUGUGGCUGUGUGCUGUUGCUGAUUUGGAUUCAUUAAGUAAACAGUAGAUUCCGAGUCUCUUUCUGAAACAAAGGUUCUACAUCACCGGAGUGACAGUGCUGUGGGUUGCAAAACUUUUAGUCAGUUAUUCUUAAAUGCAAUUACUACACUGUAUGUAGUUUUUAUGUCAUUUACUGUUCAAAGAUGUUUUCUUUGUCUGUCUGUAAUAUAGUACUACUUGGGACAUCACAAUUAAUGAGUUCUAAAUGUCAGGAAAUAUUCCAGUUACUUUGUUUGGUGGGAUCUGAGACAUGUGUCCUUCAGAGCCCUCUGUAAAUUCUUUAAUCAAGAUAGUGGUGCUUUUGAAGGGAUUGUCUAUCCAGCAUGUUCAAAUGAAUUGAUAGAAGAAGUGAUGUUAAUAUGCAGAACUUAAUAGUAUGCUAAUCAUCAUGAAGGUGCUCUCACUUAGUAAGGUUAGUCCUGUCUUAAGCUUAAAUUGAACUACUGCUUCUACAUUGUUACUGCUACAGUUACGUGUUAGAUUGAUUAAAGCUUGUGAAGGUAUGGCUCCCCAGA